AUGAAGUCUCUUUCUCUGCUUGUUACCCUCGCAAGCACUGCCCUUGCCCAGAGUGUUGCUCCUGCAUAUGGGCAAUGCGGGGGACAAGGAUGGACUGGCCCUACGACGUGUGAGUCUGGCUGGACUUGCACAUACAGCAACCAGUGGUACAGCCAGUGCCUCCCCGGCGGCGCUGCCAGCAGUACUACCACCAAGACCACCCUGGCGACUUCCACCGCCACUUCCACAAGUAGCAAAACAUCCACUACCGGUAGUCAGCCGACUGGCUUCAAAUGGUUCGGUGUUGGUGAAAGUGUCGCAGAGUUUGGCCAGGGGAACUACCCCGGCACCUGGGGCGUUCACUUUAGGUUCCCUGAGCUGUCUACCAUUGAUACCCUUAUUGGCGAAGGCAUGAACAUUUUCCGCGUCGGCUUCUCAAUGGAACGUCUCGCGGUCAACUCCAUGACCGAAACUUUCGCCGCAGCCUACUUGGCUAACCUGACUGAAACCAUCAACCAUAUCACAUCGAAGGGUGCCUAUGCAGUGCUGGACCCCCACAACUUUGGACGGUAUAAAGGCAAUGUCAUCACUGACGUGACAGGUUUCGGCACGUUUUGGAAGAACCUGGCUACUCCGUUUAAGAGCAACUCUCUUGUCAUCUUUGACACCAACAAUGAGUAUCAUGACAUGGACCAGACACUCGUUCUAAACCUUAACCAGGCCGCUAUCAAUGCCAUUCGAGGUGUCGGCGCAACCAGUCAGUAUAUUUUCGUCGAAGGCAACGCCUGGUCUGGUGCUUGGAGUUGGACCAGCACCAAUGACAACCUUAAGGCCCUCACAGAUCCACAGAACAAACUGGUCUAUGAAAUGCACCAGUAUCUAGAUAGCGACAAGUCGGGUACGCACCCUGAAUGUGUCAGCACCACCAUUGGGGUUGAGAGUGUCAAGGAUGCCACCACGUGGUUGCGCAACAACGGCAAGAUCGGUGUCUUGGGAGAAUUUGCCGGUGCUAGUAACAGUGUCUGCAAAGAGGCUGUUACUGGACUACUGAAGCACCUCAGUGAGAACAGCGACGUUUGGUCAGGUGCCCUCUGGUGGGCUGCUGGGCCAUGGUGGGGAGAUUACAUGUUCAGUUAUGAACCGCCCUCUGGUGCUGCCUAUACAUACUAUGGCUCGCUCCUCCGACAGUAUGCAUAG